ACUAACUUCUUUGCCUUCAUCACCACACAAAAUGAUUGCCUACAGAAAUAGAAUCUCUAGGUCUCCUGGUGGUGGAGUCUACAGGGGCAGCAGUGCGUCCAUGCACGGUGGAGCUGGAGGCUCUCACGUUAGAAUCUCCGUUGGUGGCUCCGCCAUGUCCAUGUUCGGCGGUCGAAGUGGUGGAGGUGGCUCUGACUUCGGCAGUAGCAUGGAGUCCGUUAUCACUGAGAAGGCCACCAUGCAGAACCUGAACGACCGUCUGGCGGCCUACCUGGAAAAGGUGCGCAGCCUGGAGAAGGCCAACAGCGAGCUGGAGCUGAAGAUCAGGCAGUUCUUGGAGAGCAAGACCUCCCCCUCCUCCAGGGACUACAGUGCCUACUACGCCACCAUCGCAGAGCUGCAGGGCAAGAUCCAGGAUGCUACCAGAAUUAAUGGUGGCAUCUACCUAUCCAUUGACAACGCCAAGCUGGCUGCCGAUGACUUCAGGCUUAAGUAUGAGAAUGAGCUGGCCAUGCGUCAGUCGGUGGAGGCCGACAUCGCCGGGCUGAGGAGGGUCCUGGACGAGCUGACUCUGAGCCGGACCGACCUGGAGAUGCAGCUCGAGGGUCUGAAGGAGGAGCUGAUCUUCCUCAAGAAGAACCACCAGGAGGAGCUGCUGGCGAUGCGAGCUCAGAUGAGCGGUCAGGUGAACGUGGAGGUGGAUGCGGCUCCAGCAGAGGACCUCAAUAAGGUCAUAGAGGAGGUCAGGAAGCACUACGAAGCCACUGUUACCAAAAGCUGCAAAGAACUGGAGGCGUGGUUCAAUGCAAAGACAGAAAACCUUCACAAAGAAGUCGCUAUCAGCACAGAAACCCUCCAGUCGUCCAAAUCCGAGAUCACAGAGGUCAAACGAACGCUGCAGAGCCUGGAGAUCGAGCUGCAGUCCCAGUUCAGCAUGAAAGCGUCGUUGGAGGCCACCCUGAAUGAGACUCAGAACCGGUACACCAUGCAGCUGGCGGGUUACCAGAACCAGGUGACCAUGCUGGAGGAUCAGCUGACGCAGCUGAAGGCUGAGCUGGAGAGGCAGUCCCAGGAGUACCAGAUGCUGCUGGACAUCAAGACCAGGCUGGAGGUCGAGAUUGCCGAGUACAGGAGGCUACUGGACGGAGAGGCCAGCAGCAGCCUGGUCAUUUCCCCCACCACUUCCACCACCAAACAGAAAAUUAUUACUAUUGUAGAGGAGGUGGUGGAUGGAAAGGUGGUGAGCUCCAAAGAGACCGUCAGUCAGAUCCUCUGAGCACCAGUAGGGGGCACACUCACAAAAAUAAUACAGGCAAAUAAAAGUCUUCUGAGGUGCUUCAAAAUAAAA